AUGGACUACUCAUGUACCCAAGAAAGUGGUCGAUCUUCCUCCUCCCAAACAGCAAGACGACGUACGUGGAGCCGGCGUGAGGAGUCUGCCCUAAUAGAUAUUUUGAAAGACAUGGUUAUCGAGGGAUGGAAGGCAGAUAAUGGGUUUAGGCAGGGAUAUAAUUUUGAGAUUGAGAAAAGAUUGAAGUUGAAGAUACCAGACUGCACCCUUCAAGCUGAACCACACAUCAGCUCAAAAAUACAUGUGUGGAUGAAGAACUAUAGGAGUGUGGCACUCAUCAAAGGAACUUCAGGCUUCGGGUGGAGUGAGUUGACAAAAACUUUUUCCUGCGACGAUAAAGUUUGGACACAAUGGGUAAAGGUGGAUCCAAAUGCAAAAACACUUAGGAACAAGUCUUUCCCCUACAUCAACGAUUGGGCUGAAAUAUUUGGGAAAGACAGAGCUACAGGUGAAAAUUCACAAUCCUUUCAAGAUGCAGCCAAUGACGUUCCAGAGCAUGUCAUGCAGGACCAACAAGAGUCGGAUAAUGAGGAUGUUCCAUCACAUCAGAACCCAUCUGAUGGAAGCCCAGGCCUUCGCAUGGGUAGCACUUCAGGUACGGAGUCCGGGUCCGGAAAUAGGGCAGGUAAGAGGGUGAACGGUAGCAAAAGGAAGGGAGACAGUCCCUUCGAGGAGCGUUUUCUGGAUAUCAUGCAGUCCUUUUCCGAAAAUACAAAAGAGAGCUUGAACGGGAUUGCUUGUAGGCUUGGGUUUGAGCAUGAGGCGGAGAAGAAAAGAAAUGUCGUGUUUGACUCAUUGUCUAAUAUGCAUUUCCUAUCAAAAGAGGAUAAAAUGAUUGUCACGAUGCGCUUAUGUAAGAAUCAACAGGAGUUGUCAAUGUUUUUCAGCCUAUCCAUGAAAGAUAAAGCUAUCAUUGGGAUGGACAACAUGGAUGUUGACGGUGACGGUCCUCAUUUCUUCAAGGCUGUUCAGUUUCGUACGCUCCAUACCAUGGCAUUCCCGCCAGCAACACACCACCAUUACCGUGGUGUGGUGCUGCCACAACGGUGCCGUAUCGAGACUAUCGAGGGUCGUAAAUACGAGGCGACAUUGGAUAUGGUCAACAACUGCCCGACAUUAACGGAUGGGUGGAGAGAUUUCAUACUUACAGAAGACAUAACCACAAACUACUUUUUGGUGUUCCGUCCCAGGACCAUUUUUGAUUUUGAAGUGUUGGUGAUGGAGCCCAAUGUUUGUGAGAGGCUACCACAUUACACGUUUAGUCUCGAGAUAAAGCCAACUCAUGUGGAGCGUGCUCGUCUGCCAAUCCCAAUGCAAUUCUGGAGGGAUAACAUUGAAGGCAAGUAUUUGAAUUACAACUCCGCAAUAUUGAAGUUUGGUGACAUUUGGUAUGACGUCGACAUAAUACAUGGACAUGGGAAGAAACUGUUACAGAAUGGUCGUGCGCGACAAUUCAUCGAUAACAACGACAUUGUUGUUGGUGAGGUUUGCACGUUCUUUCUCCUCCCACAUGAUGAAGUCAUAAAAUUCAAAGUCAAAAUGUAG